AUGCCAUUUGACGGCCUCGUGGGGAUCCUGAAGACAUUGGACCUGGAUUCCAUCCAGGAGCUAGAGGUGUUUGACUGGUUCCAGGCACUGUCAGAGCAGAGCCUAUUCGCUACCCAGCUGGGGAGGAUCCGCAACCUGCGCAGCCUCAAGCUGGCCUACUACCAGUGGGCCUUCCCCCCAGAGGGUGAGCAGUCCUCCAACCACUUCCUCUCCCAUCUCAGCCAGCUACAGCACCUCCAGAAGCUCCACCUGUCCUGCUCCUACCUGUCAGGCAACCUGCAUCAAGUGCUCAGCUGCCUGCAGACCCCUCUGUACGCCCUGGAGAUCCGCUCCUGCACACUUCUGGACACCGAUAUCACCUUCCUGUCCCAGAGCCUUCAUGCCACCUGCCUGAAGAAGCUGGAUCUGAGCGGCAACAACCUGUCCUACAUGGUUCCGGGGCCUCUAGAGGCCCUGCUGCGGGCAGUGGCCAGGACACUGCAGCACCUGGACCUGAACCACUGUUGGCUGAAGGAUGCCCACCUCCACGCCAUCCUGCCCACUCUGUGCUGCUGUGUCCACCUCAGAUCCCUGGGCCUCUCCGACAACCCCUUCUCCCGGGCCAGCCUCCUGGGCCUGCUGGAGCGCACGGCUGUGCUGACAGAGCUGAAGCAGGUGCUGUACCCUAUCCCUGUGGAGUGCUGUGCCUACCUACAUGGGCUCUCGUGGGGGCCUGUGGACAAAGGGAAGCUGAGCCAAACGCAGGUCGAGCUGCAGGCGCUGCUGCAGGCCAUGCAGCGGGCUGACAUGCAGUGGAGACCCCCGCCACCCUCGUCCUUGCCCGGGACUCUGGCGCAGCCUGAGUGA